AGAACCUGACAGCCAGUCUGUGCCAGCGGGGAGCUCGCUUCUUUCAGCUUUUCUCAGUGGAAUCUUCUGGAAGGUGCCAUCCGACCCGGGACCUGUCUGUGGCGGGAAGGGGAGUGGCCCGGCUUGAAAUAAACCCUGUGGUCUUGUGUGCCUUCCAGGUUGCGAAGUCCACUUUCAACAUGUCUGACACCGAGGACGUCGAUCAGGUGGAGGUAGAAGAAGAGGAAGAGGAGCUAGUAGAGGAGGUAGAGGUGGCCCCUGAGGUAGAAGCAGAAGCAGAGCCUGAGCCUGAAGAGGCCGUUGAAGAGGAAGAGGAGAAGCCAAAGUUCAAGCCCAGCGCUCCAAAGAUCCCCGAUGGCGAGAAAGUGGACUUUGACGACAUCCAGAAGAAGCGUCAGAACAAAGACCUGGUUGAGCUGCAGGCGCUGAUCGAUGCUCACUUUGAGUGCAGGAAGAAGGAGGAGGAGGAGCUUAUCGCCCUCAAGGAGAGGAUUGAGAAGCGUCGUGCCGAGAGGGCGGAGCAGCAGAGGGUGCGAGCUGAGAAGGACAAGGAGCGCCAGGCCAGACGUGAGGAGGAGAGGAGGAUCAAGGAGGAGGCUGACGCUAAGAAGAAGGCUGAGGAGGAAGCCAAGAAGAAGUCUGCUCUGUCCAACAUGGGCUCCAACUACAGCAGCCACCUGCAGAGAGCUGACCAGAAGAGAGGAGGCAAGAAGGAGACGGAGAGAGAGAAGAAGAAGAAGAUUUUGGCCGCCAGGCGCAAGCAGCUCAACAUCGACCAUCUCAACGAGGACAAGCUCAGGGACAAGAUCAACGAGUUGUACGAGUGGAUGUGCCAGCUGGAGUCCGAGAAGUUCGACCACACGGAGAGACUGAAGAAGCAGAAGUACGAGGUGACCACCCUGCGCAAGCGCGUGGAGGAGCUCAGCAAGUUCAGCAAGAAGGGAGCCGCCCGCCGCAGGAAGUAAAGCCUCUGGCCACAGGAAGCGCCACACCGGCUAAGCUGUUAUAGCUGGGAAGACGCCAUGACGUUAUGCUGAGGUUGCAUCAUCAUCAGUCUUUAGCUGCUGUGCAAUAGGAAUAAAACCUAAUAACCUUUCA